GAGUGUGUGAGCGCCCCCCGGUGGCAUGAGCGCGUGCGGGAGGAAGGCUCUGGCUCUGCUCAGCAGUGUGUUUGCGGUCUGCAGUCUGGGUCUGCUGGGCAUCGCCGUCAGCACUGACUACUGGCUCUAUCUGGAGGAGGGCGUCAUCAUGCCCCUCAACCAGAGCACUAACACACACCUGUCCAUACACUCCGGCCUCUGGAGAGUGUGUUUCCUGGCAGGUGAGGAGAGGGGCCGCUGCUUCACCAUCGAAUAUGUGAUGCCCAUGAAUGUUCAACUGACCAGUGAGUCGACUGUCAACGUUCUGAAGAUGAUUCGCUCGGCCACGCCGUUCCCGCUGGUCAGUUUGUUCUUUAUGUUCAUCGGUUUUGUGCUGAACAAUAUCGGGCACAUCCGGCCCCACCGCACCAUACUGGCGUUUGUCUCUGGGAUCUUCUUCAUCCUGUCAGGGCUGUCUCUGGUGGUGGGUCUGGUUCUCUACAUCUCCAGCAUUAAUGACGAGAUGUUCAGCAGGACCAAGAGCAGUGAGGCGUAUUUCAGCUACAAGUACGGCUGGUCGUUUGCGUUCGCUGCCAUCUCGUUCCUGCUCACUGAGAGUGCAGGUGUGAUGUCGGUGUACCUGUUCAUGAAGCGCUACACGGCGGAGGAGAUCUACCAGCCCCACCCGAGCUUCUACCGGCCCCGGCUGAGCAACGGCUCUGAUUACUCGGGUCAGUUCCUCCACCCGGAGCCCUGGACCCGGGGCCGGAGCCCGUCAGACCUGUCCAGCGACGCCUCGCUCCAGAUGAACGCCAGCUACCCCGUGCUGCUCAAGUGUCCCGACUACCAGCAGGUGUCCUCCUCCUCGCCCUGCUGAGCUC